AUGGACUUACCACCCAGCGACGGGCUGCAGCAGCAGCACUGCAGCAGCAGCAGCAGUGGGCCAGCAGCAGUUGAAGAGGACCUGCCAAGUGCUCAAAGGGUGAGCGCUGGCAACGCUGCUGCUGCUGCUGCUGCAGCAACAGAAUCCGCAGCAGCAACAGGAGCCUCAGCAGCAACAGCAGCAAAGGCAGAAAGUGAAAAGCCACCAACAGCAGCAGGGACUGCAGCAGAAGCAGCAGAAUCACCAGAAUGGACACAAGCAGCAGCAGCAGCAUCAGGGGGAGAUGCAGCAGCAGCAGUAUCAGCAGCGGUAGCAGCAACAGCUGGGGAAGGCCCUCCAGCAGCAGCAACAGCUGCUGCUGCUGCUGCUGCUGCAGUUGAAGCCUCAGCAGCAACUAGCGAGCCACCUCAGGCUACAGCAGCAGCAGUCUCACCAGAAGCAGCAAGUCCAGAAGGAGGAGCAGAAGCAGCAACAGAAGCAGCAGCAACAGCAGCAGCAGCAGGACACGUUUCUGCUGCUGCUGCAGCGGAGUGCAGGGGCUUGCUGCCACUGAGCAGCAGCUGCUUGGAUUUGCUGCUGGACCCUUUGCCGCCUCAGGAGGAGCUGCUGCAGCCGCGCAAACUUAGAGAAGCAGCAGCAGCAGCAGCAGCAGAAAGCAGCAGCAAAAGGCAGUGCGUUCAGCUGCCUCCUUCUGCAGUCGAAGGCGAAGCAGCAGCAGCAGCACCGACGGACGAGGACAAGAGCGAUAUCUCGUUUGUUGCUGCUGCUGCAGCGGCAGCAGCAGCAGCAGCUGCUGCUGCUGCUGCUACUGCCUCCGCAGCAGCAGUAGGACUGGGCGAUUCCGCAGCACAAAAAGAGAGGCGAAAAGCAGCAGCAGCUGCAGCAGGUGCUGCUGCUGCUGCUGCCAGCGGGCCCGCAGAAUCCGCAACGCCUGGCGCCGCCGCAGCAGAACCAGCAGCAGGAGCAGCAACAGCAGCAACAGCAACAGCAGCAGCACCAGCAGCAGCAGCAGCAGCGGAGCUGCGAGAGGCCCUUGCAUGCGGCUAUGACGUUUUUCGUGCUGCAGUUGUUCGCCUCAGCAGCAAAUUAGAUGCUGCUGCGCAGCAGCUGCAGCAGCUGCAGGCAGCCAAGGCAGCAGCAGAGCUCUUUUUGGACGAACUGCGUUCAGAAAUAGCGGCUACGCGCGCUGAGCGGCAGAGGACACGGAGGCAGCAGCAGCAGCUGCAGCAAGAGCAGCAGGAGCUGCAGCAAGGACAGCAGCAGCUGCAGCAAGAGCGGCACGAGCUGCAGCAGGAACAGCAGCAGCUGCAGCAGGAGCAGCAGGAGCUGCAGCAAGAUCAGCAGCAGCUGAAGAAAGAGCAGCAACAACUGCAGCAAGAGCAGCAGCAGCUGCAGCAGGAGCAGCAGCAGCUGCAGCAAGAGCAGCAGGAACUGCAGCAAGACCAGCAGGGACUGCAGCAAGAGCAGCAACAGCUGCAGCAGGAGCAGCAGCAACUGCAGCAAGAGCAGCAGCAACUGCAGCAAGAGCAGCAGCAACUGCAGCAGGAGCAGCAGCAGCUGCAGCAAGAGCAGCAGCAGCAGCAUUUGGGCUUUCGUGUGUACUUUGACCGGGAGCCUCCAGCCAGCUGUGAGUCUCUAGCACACUGGAGCUCUUGCAAGUCUGCUGCAGCAGCUGCUGCUGCAGACGCAGCAGCAGCAGCAGCAGAGUCGCCAGCAGCAGCAGCAGCAGCAGAGGCGCCUGCUGCUGCUGCUGCUGAUCCAGAUGCAGCAGCAGCAGGUGAUGCUGCUGCACGCCUCGAAGGCUCUGCUGGCGUUGAGCUGCUGAUGCAGUCUUACUAUACAGCCUUGAUGGAAGCAGCAGAUGCAGCAGCAGCGCGACGGCAAGCUAGCAGCAGCAGCAGCAGCAGCGGCAGCAGCAGCAGCAGCAACAGUGAGACUGCUGAGGGAGGCAGCAACUCAGGGCGAAGCGCCUCGCCCUAUUCUCGGGGCCUCUUUUCUUUUGAAAAGCUUUACGGCGACGGCCGCAGCAGCAGCAGCAGCAGCAGCGAGGGUUGCGCAGGCGCUGCAGCAGGAGCAGCAGCAACAGCUGCUGCUGCUGGCGAGGGUGCUGCUGCGCUGCAGCAGCAAGCGCUGCUGUCAGCAGCAACUGAAAAAGUCAAAGGAGUUGCUUUUUGCAAAAGCAACAAGUACUGGAUUUGCACCCGCAUGGAGCAGGGCAAGCAGCAGUGCCGGUACUUCAGCGUAAAGCACUUGGGCUUCGAGUGCGCUCGCCGCCAGGCGAUUCUGCUGCGGCAGCAGUGGAAGGGAGAUGUCAAUGAGGAGGUGCUGAAGGCCCUUAAUGCAGCAGCAGCAAAACCAAACGGCAGCGGCGGCAGCAGCAGCAGCAGCAGCAGCAGCAGCAACGGCAGCAGCAGCUCGAAGGAAGGGACGCAGGCGGCUCCAGGGGACCCAGGGACCCCCGAUUCGGCUGAGAAGGCAGACGGAGAAAACGGAUCGCAGCAACAGCAGCAGAAGCAGCAACAACAACACCAGCAACAGCAACACCAGCAGCAGCAACACCAGCAGCAGCAACAACAGCAGCAGCAGCAGCAGCAGCAGCAGCCGGCAGUAGGGGCGAGUGGGCGUGGCGGCGCUGCUUUUGAGGGUUGUGAGGCAGCCCCACAGCCAGAAGGAGCAGCAGGAGCAGCAGGCACAGCAGCAGCAGCAGCAGCAGCUGCUGCUGCUGCUGCUGCAGUGCAGCAAGAGAACUGCGGAGGAAAGAAGGAAAGAGUUGACAGGACUGACUGCUGCGGCGGCUCGCAACAAUAA